CAAACAGCGGCGGAUUCCUGACAGGGCACAUCGAAUAGGGUUAGCUAGCGAGAUAGCUUACGUUAGCAACUCGGCUAACUGGAGGGAAACAGAACUUAACGAAGCAAGUCGAAUAUUCUAUUAAACCAGAUCAGGGACAUGAGCAUAACAGGACGGAUUCAGAUGUAAUCAAUAGACGAAACUAACCAGAGACCUCGGACAACAGGAAAAUCUCUGCGAGGGAGAAUGUGAGGCACAACGAUUGGGGGAUUAGCAAGAUCGGUAGCCACUAUCUAGUUAGCUAGAAAAAAGUGGUGAUGCUUUUGAAUAGACAUGCUCACAGAUCGUGUAUUUCCCUAAUGUAUGAGGCGAAAAGAGGAGUAAAACAUACUGCAAGGAAACUAGCUAACGUUUGCAACUCAGAUAUUGGAAACUGUCUACUUUUCAGAAGCAGUGAGAGAAGCCCUCUGCCACACACGGUGACGCGCACGUCUGACCACAAGAGCGGGUUUGCUCUAAUGUCUGGGCUGAUGUCAAGCCUCGCCGCCCGACCGCACUCUACUUCCCAACUGCAGAACGCAGGUUGUUUCCACCCUCAACCGUCGUUUCAACAGCUGCCUUUCAGCAAAAUAUCAGCAAAGCCGGCGGCGAUGACGGCGCCAUGACGGAGGGCGGAGAGCGCUAGGGACCGGACGCAGGCGCCAUGGACGGGACUCGGCCGGCUGCUUUGGGGAUCAGAAGCGAGGACCUCGGGGAGCUGGGCGCGGCCGCGGGGCGGGAUAUGGGCGGGAUCUGCCUGGACAAUGGGGAUGUGCCCCGCUACGGCGGCCAGGGGCUGCCCAGGGAUACCACCGGGGACAGGGGGCAGGAGGGGACUGGACUGGGUGGGAAGCCGGACCCGACGGCCCGCCUGCUGGAGCUGGGGGUGGGGGAUGACGGCGGGGGCAGCGUGGCCUCUGACGGGACGGGGGUGGAGGCGUCCCCUGAGGGGCUGGGGUGGGACAUGGGGUCACAGAACGGGGACAGACCCGAGGAGGACCGGCUGGAGCAGGGCAGUAACAGCUACAGCACACCGGGCCUGGACAGCCCCGCCCCCUCCAGCAGUUACACAGACCUAUCUCAGACCUCCUCGCCCUCGCUGUCGGACCAACUGCUGCUGGGCCGAGAGGACGCCUCGGGGACGGGGAUCAACAUGGAGUGCCGAAUCUGUGGCGACAAGGCUUCGGGCCUCCACUACGGCGUCCACGCCUGUGAGGGCUGCAAGGGUUUUUUCCGACGGACCAUCAAGAUGAAGCUGGAGUACGAGCGCUGCGAGCGCAGCUGCACCAUCCAGAAGAAGAGCCGGAACAAGUGCCAGUACUGCCGCUUCCAGAAGUGCCUGGCACUGGGCAUGUCCCACGACGCGAUCCGGUACGGCCGGAUGCCGGAGGCUGAGAAGAGGAAGCUGGUGGCUGGACUGCUGGCCAGAGAGACGGGCAUCCAGAGCCCCGGCGGCUCUGACCUCAAGUCCCUGGCCAAGCGCGUCAACAACGCCUACCUGAAGAACCUGAACAUGACCAAGAAGAAGGCUCGCAGCAUCCUGACUGGCAAGACCAGCUCCAACCCGCCCUUUGUCAUCCACGACAUGGACUCGCUCUGGCAGGCCGAGAAUGGCCUGGUGUGGAACCAGCUGAUCAACGGGGCGCCCACCAACAAGGAGAUCGGGGUGCACGUCUUCUACCGCUGCCAGUGCACCACUGUGGAGACGGUCCGGGAGCUGACCGAGUUCGCCAAGAACAUCCCGGGCUUCGUCGACCUCUUCCUCAAUGACCAGGUGACGCUGCUGAAGUACGGCGUGCACGAGGCCAUCUUCUCCAUGCUCCCCUCGCUGAUGAACAAGGACGGGCUGCUGGUGGCCAACGGGAAGGGCUUCGUGACGCGCGAGUUCCUGCGCAGCCUGCGCCGGCCCUUCAGCGAGAUCAUGGAGCCCAAGUUCGAGUUCGCCGUCAAGUUCAACUCCCUGGAGCUGGACGACAGCGACCUCGCCCUCUUCGUGGCCGCCAUCAUCCUUUGCGGAGACCGCCCCGGCCUGAUGAACGUGAAGCAGGUGGAGGAGAUUCAGGACAACAUCCUGCAGGCCCUCAACCAGCACCUGCAGGCCAACCACAUGGACUCGCCCUACCUCUUCCCCAAGCUGCUGCAGAAGAUGGCCGACCUGCGGCAGCUGGUCACCGAGAAUGCCCAGCUGGUGCAGAAGAUCAAAAAGACCGAGGCGGAGACGUCGCUGCACCCGCUCCUACAGGAGAUCUACAAAGACAUGUACUAGACCCCCCCGACAGAGACUUUAAUUUAAAGAAGUAUUAUAUAUAUCAUCGUAUAUAUAUAUAAGUACGUGUGCGUUUUAACGGAAGGAGGCACAGAGCCGCAAAUGGGGAGCUGUUACGGGACAGUCUUUAUACUGUGGAAAAGACUUUUUUAUUCAGGGGAGUUGUGGGGUCAGGGUGUAAGGAGACACCCUUCCCAAAGUGUGUGCUCCGGAGGAAUACCACACACUUUCAAACUAAGACUGGCCGUGUUUUCUCUUUUUUUAAUGGAUAAUCACCCCUAUUUUUGUAACUGAUUUUUUUAAUAGAACCUCCAAUCUUGAAGUUUUUACAGAGGUCCCCAGUGUAGAGGAUUAUUUAGAGAGUUUUGACCAGUGAAUAUGGUGUGUCUCUGUUUUGGAAAAGCUGUUAAAUCAAGAAGAUGUCUGGAAGUGUUACAGAUACAUAAAGGACCAGGAAGCAAAUUGCAAGUUACAUGUCAGCACGUCUGGGUUCCUGACACUGAACGGAGGAGGAGGAUUUACCUACUCGGAGUGCAUGUGAGAGGCGGCCAGAAUCCAUGCCCCUGCUCCAGAUUCAUUACAUCACUUCCUGUCGGGCCAAGUGACCACAGUGGCACCUUCAGGCUCCGCCCAGCCAAGCGGUGAUUCGAAGUCCAUUUGGCUGAUUGACAGCACACAGCUCUGUGAUCUGUUUUUCCUGGAAGAAGAAAAAUAGUUUGUGUAGAUUCAACUUGCUGCUGUGGAUUUCGAAAAAAUCCAUUGGCAACACACAGACACCUGGUUUCCAGAGCACUUAAGAAACAAAAUGCCCUCUUUUUUUGUCCCCGCAUUGAAGUACUUCCAGGUACCAGCUGGUACCACAGAGUGAAGAGUCAAAAAUAUUGAAACGUACCUCAUACCCACAAUGCUUACAGUAUAAUAACUGACAAACAAGGUCCUUAAUGAACGAACAAGAUCCUUAAGACUUCCAAACCACCAGCUUAUUUUUCUCAUUCUUUGUAUAACUGAUGGAUCAAUGAUUUUUAACUACAAUACUGUGAAAAAUAUGAUCACAGGGUUCUCAUGGUAUGUUUAUUACAUGAAAAGAUGACUCAACUGUUUAUAAUGAAAAUGACAAAGUAUAUUAUAUAUAUAUAUAUAUUUCGUUUACCUUUCAGUAGGAUAGUUUCCUCCAGACCUUGCACCUUAAAGCGAUACUGACAUGGGUUUAGACUGUUUAUAAAACCACCAAAUUUAGUAAAUCUAAGUCCCACAGGAUGACACUGUGAUUGUUCUUAAUUCACACAGGUUUUGGACCGCUAAGUGAUUCAUUAAUAAAUAUUCAGAUAUUCAUGCCAGCGAGUUCUUUUGACUGACAUCAGUGCGGGUGCGAGUGAAUAAUCCACCAUCUCCAAGUCAUUGGAGUUCAAAAUGGCGUGAGUGAAUGUCAAACAGCAGGGGCCGCGGAUGUGAUUGUUAGGUCACGCUGUUUUGCGCUGUUUCGGUUGGAGCUACGUGUAUCCUAUGCAAACGCCAGGUUACUCAGUGGAGAGGAGGGCACAGAAUUAUUUUUGUACUUACAGUGAGGUCGGCUGGCCAUUUUAUUUGGUUAAACACUGUAAAGAUAAGACACACCCAUUUUGGAACAAGGUACUUUUUUUGUUCAUAAUUGAUAUCAAAGUUACCUGAUAAUGAACAGUGACUAGGUUGCUAAGGUCACCCAGGACAUGGGCAGUGCAUGUUGCUGUCUAGCUGCACCUGCUGUCUUGUAGCUGGCUGACUAGUCCUCCCCAGUAUGUAACAGGUUGGCACCUCAGCUUUUUUUAUUCUUGUAUUAGCCAGUUAGCUGGCUAUAUCAGUAACUCAAAUGUAGUUGCCUGUAGUUAUCAGAGAUUUUGUUGAUUUAAUGACCCCUCCCUGUUUCUGAGCUGUGGCAUCACCGGGGGUUAAUGGGAAAUGUGGGGUUGGAGGAACAGCAGCCCUUUCUCUUUGUGCUUCCGGUAGCACAUAGUGAAGCUCAUUGCUCACUUUGUUUUCUCUCACGCCCGUGAUUUUUAAUUUUUACUGCCAUCUUGCAGGUUGCAGGUGUGCUAAAAUGCAAGAUACAAAAAAGCCAGCCUAGUUAUCUAAAUGGUAUAGAAAUGGUAUCGUAACGGUAUAGUAGCUCUAUAGGGAAAUACCAACACUGUCCAUGUGAAGCUGUCAGGUUCUGUUUUUUUUCUCUGAGGUUAAAUCCCAAUAAUGUCACCAUUGCAAUCGCCAUCAUUGUGCUCCAGGUGCGCAUCUAAAUGACUAUUACUGUUAUCAUUUUAUCAGUAGUAGUCGUAUUUGCUGUAGAGCUGAAUGGUUUUAAAGCCCUGAUCUGUCUGGUUGUACAUAAAAUAAACGUUCUGGGAAACUAUGAACACUAAUAUUCUACUUUUGAUUAGCGCACUUAGGCACAUUUUAUACUGGCACCAUUGCUGAACAAUUGGAAGUAUUAUAGUAAUAUUAUUCCAUGUCUAUCUAGCUGUUGUUUACUGUCUUUUUUUAUAUCUACACCCGCACUGAUGUCAGCAACAGUAUGAAACUUCACAGAAUCUCAAACAGGAAAUUCUCUAAUAAUGUUCAAAUUGUUGUUUUUUGUGUUAAAAUCAAAAACAGCAGUGAUUUGAUUGAUAUAUAACUGCCAGCAUCCAUACGGUGGUUAUUUGUGUAAUGUGUUUUUGUUGCUGAGACCGUGUCAGUAGACCUUUAAUAAACCCACCUGUUACCAGUCCUAUCUCAAGACUGUGUCCAUUGGGUCUGCCCUCUCGCCCCUUCCCUUUGCCUGCUGCAUUACGGUUUUUGUCCCCAUCCCCUCCUUCUCACGUCUCUUCGCUAAUGUGGUUAACAAAGCACAAAUUGCUGAACCCAGCUGAAGAAAUGGUUUCACAAAGUUGCCGUGACAGUGUAGCAACAGUGCUGCGUUUUUACAGGAACGAGACCCCAGCGCAUUCCUCAGACCCCCCUCCAGCUGUUUCCUCCUGAAAGGGAUGUUGUUUUCAUGUUACCUUUAUGUCCACUUGAUCCUGUGAGUCUGGAGAAGUUCACUGUACAUACUGUACCUGCACCCUACAUUUUUCCCCCUCA